AUGGGGAUUUCUUUUUAAAAUUUAAGUUCUUUGUCUUUGUGCAUAAAUAAAAUCUCUGCAAAAGCGGGAAUAGCAUCAAGAAAAAAUUAAAGAAAUUUUAAAUCUUAUUUAUUAAAUCGGAUUCAAAUGUUAAGGUUCCCAGGAUAUUAGGAUCAAAACAAACAAUCAGAAAAUGGACUUCAUAUUGCUGACUUAGAGGAAGGUAUCACAGAGGAAUAAUUAUUUGUGGAAUUCAGAAAGUUUGGAUAAAUCAGCUUUGUAAAAUUGCAUAGGUAUCCUUUCAUUGGGAAAUCAAAGCAUUAUGCUUUCAUUUAUUUCUCAUCUCAAGAAGAGGCUCGUAAAGCUAAGGAAGCAAUGAAUUAUAAAUAACUCUUAAGAGAGCCAAUGCGUAUCACUUACAUCUAAGAAUACGAGAAGGAUGCUAACUUAUUCUUUGCAGGCUUCGAAUUGACUGUAACAUUAAAGCAACUUGAAGAAUUCUUCUUAAAAUGGGGUCAAGUUGUCAGUGUGAAAUUGUCAACAGAUGAGAAUAAGAAAAGCCGAGGUUACGGAUGGGUGUAAUAUGAGAAGAAGGAGUAAGCUAAUGCCUUGUUGGCUGACAGUACAGAUGGCACAAUUGCAUACAAUGAGAAAACAAAGGUCAUAGUCAAGAGAUUUGUGAAGAAAGGACAAACAGACAGAGAAGACAAGAGAAAUAACCUUUACAUUAAGAACUUCUGGCCAUCACUCGAAAAUUAUGAUUUGGAUAACGCAGAAGUUCGUGAAUCAUUGGAGAAAGAAAUGAGAGAAAAAUUAAAUGAGUGGUUCAGUGGUUAUGGAUCCAUUGUUUCAAUCCUAGUCAAAAUUGAUGUGGAAAGAAAGGCUCCAUUUGCAUUCGUUAGUUUCAAUAGACAUCAAGAUGCUAAGGAAGCUUAAAGGACUCUUGGUACAACUCAAAAAAGGGAUCCGUUGAGCACUGGUAGAAUGAUGUAUGUUGGAUGGGCUUAGACCAAGACAGAUAGAAAGCAACAAAGAGACAAUAAUGUCUUUGCUAAAUAUAUCUAUGCUGAUCAUCUCUCAAGAAAUGUCACUGAAGAAAUGAUCAGAACUACUCUCAAAGAAUGCGGAUAUGGAGAUAUUCAAACAAUUAGAUUAGAGAAAAUGCAAUAAGGAUUCCAAUAGAUCAUCAGAAUUGGAUACAUUGUAUUCGAUUAAGCUUCUGAUGCCAACAAAUUGGUUAAGAAUUUCAAGGAAAACGAGAAAUUUGAAGAAAUCAAAAAGCUCUUUGAUCCAAGUGUUGAAACUGCAGGUGGCAAAUACUUCUAACAUCUCUUCCCUCAAUAAUCCUAAUAAAGAGGACAAAGAAGAAAUAAUCAAAGACAAUCCCCCAAUAGAAGGAUGUAUUCUAUGCCUUAAGGUCCUACACCAUUUGGUUAGAGAAUGCCAUUCCCUCCCUAUCAAAUGCAAUAAAGAAUGCAAGGUCCUGGAUAAAUGAGAAGACCAUUCCCAUAACAAAUCCCAGGAUUCACUUAGCCUAUUAGACCAAACAUCCCUCCUCCUGUUCAAUAGCCUGAGGCCCAAAAACAAGCUCCUCCUCAAGCUGUUCCCUUCAAUUAGAGAUAAGAUUUAAUAGAUUUGUUGGCUAAUUUCGAAACAUUCAAAGCUAAAUCCUAAGACGAACAACUCAGACAAAUUCAACAAAUGCUUUAUUACAGAAUUAAGGCUAGACUUAGUACUGACACUGAGGCUCACUGGAAGAGAAUAAGUGAAAUAUUGUCAGACCCGACAAAUUACACAACUGAAGAAAUCAUUGAUAUGUUCAAAGAAGAAGAACAAUUCAACUCCUUUAUAGAUGAAGCCAUUGAAUAAUUAAAGGAAGCAUCAUGUUGGUGAUCAUUUCAUUAUUUGUUCAUUAAAUAAAUAUAAAUAAUAUAUAGAUUAAUAUGUAAAA